UGCGUACUUGUGUUGUGUAUGCUUCUCAAUUCUCUUGCCUUCUUGGAUUCUCUCCCUCUCUCUCUCAUCACUGAUUGCCCCUUUUUUUUUUUUUGUUUGCUGAUUCUGCACCAAAAUCGAUUGAUGGGUAUCGCCAAACCCUUGUUGUUCAUUCGAAAUCAAGGCUCACAUAUAGAUAUUUCCUUCUUUAACCUACUCGGGUCGAUCUUCUUCUUCACUUUAGCUCACUCAUCACACAAGAUUUAGAGAAAACUCUCUGUUUAUUCACUGUUCUCUAAUUCUCAUUCUGUGCUUAUCUGAUGUGCUGAAACUGAUUUUUUGUUGUUUUCACUCCACAUGGGAUUGGGUUCAAUCUGUACUCACCAAGAUACACUUUUUUUUGAAGAACAACAGUUACAGCCCAUGGAAUCACGAUUGGGUUUGAUUGAACAAUCGUUCAAUCUUCGAUACUCUCUUUACGUUCGCGAAGUGCUCGAUGAAUUGCCUGACAGUUUCACCAUAACUGACCCUUGCAUUUCAGGCCACCCAAUUGUGUUCGCUUCUUGCGGAUUCUUGAAAAUGUUUGGUUAUUCGAGUGACGAAGUGAUUGGGAAGAAUGGGAGGACAUUUCAAGGACCCCAAACUAACCGGAGAUCGGUAAUGGCGAUUCGAGAGGCCAUAAGAGAAGAGAGGUCUAUACAGAUCACUAUAUUGAAUUAUCGAAAAGAUGGGACACCAUUUUGGAUGUUGUUUCAUAUGUGUCCUGUUUUUGGUAAAGAAGACGGGAGGGUGAUUCAUUUUGUUGGUGUUCAAGUCCCAAUUCAGCGAAAACAGAGGCGGUCCGGUUGUGGGUUUGGGAGGAAUGGGGUUAAUUUGUGUGAAGAUGGUUCGGGUUUUCGCGAGACGGUGCUUGGGUCUUGCAGGAGGGAGGUGUGCUCGGAUUCUGUGGUGGAAUCGAAUCGUGUGUUGGCUAUGGAUUUUGGGCUGGGGUCAGAUGAUAGAGAGUUAGAAAUUGACGAGUUCUGUGAGGCAAGUGAUCUAGAAAAGGGGAAGGCUGAAACUGCCAUUAACAACAUCUUGUCUAUGCUAACCCACUAUAGUGAGUUAACAGGCAAUCUAGUGUGUGGGAAGAGAUGCUGCUUAGCCAGGACGGGCCUUCUUGGUUCAUCAUUAAUUAUAUCUCUUGGUAGAAUCAAACAAAGCUUUGUAUUAACUGAUCCACACCUACCUGACAUGCCCAUUGUGUAUGCGAGUGAUGCUUUCUUAAAACUGACAGGAUAUGCUAGACAUGAAGUUUUGGGUCACAAUUGUAGAUUUUUAAGUGGUGUGGAUACAGAUAUCUCAACCAUAUUCCAGAUAAAGGAAAGCAUUCAAAGGGAGCAAACAUGCACAGUACGUAUCUUAAAUUACAGGAAGGAUAAAAGUUCAUUUUGGAACUUACUUCACAUUUCACCAGUCCGGAGUGCUUCUGGAAAGAUAGCAUAUUACGUGGGGGUUCAAAUAGAUGAGAGUUGUAAGAACGAGGAUAAACAUGGGCUGAGCCCUGAGUUGAGGCAACAUAGUGUUGUGGGUGCAGUAAAGGUUGCAGUACGGAGUUUGUCGAUGGGUGUUGGUACCUCCAACUCAUAGGGACAACUUCCCAUAUAUUCUUUGCUGCCGAUGACAGGUUUUUCUGAAUAGUGUAUUUAAUAUUUUCAAAUAUUUCAUUUGUAAUGUCAACUAGAAGUUAGGUUGGAGGCAGAACUUAUAGAAAGAUUGUUAUAUAGCUUAGUGCUUGUUAACUUACACCCUUGUAGAUAAAAAUGAAAAACAUCUUUCAAUUUGUAGAGCUGAAACUAGCUCAUUCAUGUGUUAUAAUUUAUUAAUUAGAUUGAUAAUA